CAUUUUUUAUGGGACAACUAAAAAGGAAAACGUUUCAUUUCUAGUGGGACAAAGAGAGUAGUAUUUAAUAACACAUUGUGUUACUUGUUUAAAACAAAAUUUUGCUUAAUAAAAGAAUUGAUCGUAUUUAGGGGUGUAACGGGUAUACCCGGUUGAUAUAUUGAUUUUAAAUACCCGCACCGCCCCUCGUGCCCCGCUUCGGUUGGGUAGCGGGUACCCAUUACUGGCCGGGUAUCGGGUUGGUACGGGAAUUACUGACCCGGGAAUCACACCCGCUACCGGUUAGUUUUAUAAGUUAGUUUAGGGUUUAGCCGUGAAGGUUUUCACCCUAAGUUGCUUAAGAAAUUUCACUAGUUCGAAUUCUCCGCUACUUUCUUGAGGUGCGAGCAUGCAGUCUACGGGCUUGGUGUUGCGCUGGCAGAGGGUGAAAAUUGAGGGCGGUGCUCGCCCUAGGUUGAGGCUUGGCCAUACCUGCAACGCCAUUGAAGGAGGGCGGCGUAUCUAUGUAAUCGCUGGGCGUGGCGAAGAUCAAAGCAAUACGAAUGGUGUCUAUGUUCUCCAUACUGAUGAAAUGACCUGGAUUGAGCCUGUUGUGAAUGGCAUACCUCCUUCCCCAAGGAACGGCCAUAGCUGUACCGGUAUUGGUGAUCAAUUGUUUGUUUUUGGUGGCGUGAAUGGGAAUGAAAGAUUUAACGAUUUACAUGUUUUGGACACCUCCUCCAAUACAUGGAUUGCUCCAUCUGUUGUUGGGGUACCUCCUGCACCAAGGGCAGGACAUAGCGCUGUAUUUGUCGGGAAAAAACUAAUUGUUUUUGGUGGAGUUGGCAUGGAUAAUGAGGAAUAUGAUGAUCUUUAUAUGUUGGAUACUGAGCCGGAUUGUUGGAUGUGGGAUCGUUUGUCCCCUACUGGUACAUUUCCAAGUAAUAGGAACUCUCAUACUUGCCUUGUGUGGCAGAACAAUAUUAUUGUCGUAGGCGAUAUUGUCUCUUCCAAUAUGUCCCAAUCUGAUGUUCGCGUACUUGAUCUUGAUGCUCUUGAGUGGUCUAAUCCCUUUGGAACAACUUUGAUUGGCGACCUAGUGUCACCUCCAUCUGGAAGAACUUUGUUUGGAAAGUUCGACGAGCAAGUGUCACUUUCAACUGAAAGUUUGUUUGGCGGGCAAGUGGUAAGUCCAACUGGAAGAACAUUGUUUGGAAAGUUUGGCGAGCAAGUGCCACCUCCAACUGUAAGAACUUUGUAUGCCUUUGGUGGUUUUCCAGAGGAUCAGAGAUUGUCCAACGUUCUUCACUUUCUGAAAUUUACAAAUAAUGCCUGGAUCAAAGUACCUGUGAUUGGGGAAGGCCCUCCGCACACUUAUUGCCCUCCCUCUACUUAUUCUAUGGGAGAUGAAAGCUUCGAACGUGGCCCUCCUGGCACUUAUAUUAUGGGAGGUGAUAGCUUUCAAAGUGGCGUGCUUGUGUUUAAUGGCCUUUGUGGCGUUAACACAUUUGAUUAUGUGUAUUGCCUCCACCCUGAUCAAGGAAAUGUCGUGGUGACCAUGAACAAGAAUGUUGUUAAUGGUGUACUAAUGUUUGGAGAAGAUGAUGCUGUUAUGCUUAUGAAUCCAGAAUAUGGCCAGUACAGGCAAUUAGCUUUCUUCUUUACAGCUAAUAAGCCUUUUUCCAUCACGUACGCUGAUAAUAAUGAAACACACUCUGUCCGUUUUCAAAUGACGGAGCGUACGGGUGAGUUCGAUCUGGUCGGCUUUGAGUGGAAUUUUCCGAGCUACACUUUUAUAAGACGGACUGAUGGAAGUGUGUAUUUUUGGCCGAACAUUCCUACUAUGUUCUUUUGAGGCUAAAAUUUUGAUCUUUUCAGAUGAAAUUUUUGUGUUGCAGGCUAAACUCUCUCACUAUUAGUAGAGAUUUACAUUACACAAAUUACAUUUUUUUUAUUGGUAUGUAAACAAAAUCCUAAACCCUAAACUCACAUUACACAAAUUACCUCUAUUUUUUGCAGUAUGUGGUAGUAAACUUUGCAAGUGAGUUAUUACCAAUUCAUAAUUUACCUCUUAA